AUGACGUGCGCGGGCUACCAGAUGCCGUGCUCGGGCUACCAGAUGCCUGGCGUCGUGGGGAUGCCUCCGCCGCACUACCGCUCGGAGCAGGCGCUUCCCUGGUACUGCAAGAGCUGCUGCGGGCCCUCGGGGAGAUCGUGGUGGAAUCAUGCAGAGGCUCGGCAGUGUGCGAAGUGCAAGCUCGGCAAGGGACUGGUCUUCCACGGAGUACGCAAGCCGUCCGCCCCCUCCCAGCGGAGGAAGGGUUACCUGGGCGGCGGUGGCAACGGCUACUGGGAUGACUCCGUCAGGGUGGCCCAGCUCAAGUCCGAGCUCGCGGCGGCUCGCAAGCGGCUGGCAGCUGUGCAGAGGCCGCCGCCUGGCGGGGAGGACGUGCAGAUGGAGCCCGCUGCGGACGGGGACGCCCCCGAGUCCGUUGCCAAGGACAGGCUGCGCGAGGUCGGCGACCUCAUCGGCAAGCUCAAGGGCAUCGCGGAGCCGUCGGUCGUUGCCACGCGCGACAAGCUGCUGGCGGAGCAGGCCGAGCUGCGGGCCAAGGUGGCGGAGUCUCGACCGCUCGGGCAGCGCUUGCGCGAGAUGGGGGCUCAGUUCACCAGGCAGCAGAAGCUGCGGGACGACCAGCAGACUAAGCUGGAAGGACUGCAGGCGCAGAUACGUGACUUGCAGGAGAAGGAGCGGAUCACUCGUGACAAGCUGGCGGCCAUCGACGCUAGCAUGGAGGAGCUGGACCAGGAGCGCAAGAAGCUUCAAGGGCAGGUUCCUACGCCAGGUGACAAGGCAUCGCUUGACGAGCCGAUCAAGGGGGUCGGCGCCACGAUCGAAGGCCUUGGUAUCUUGCUCCAGAGCCUGGGCGCCGAUCACCAGCUGUCGGGCAGCCUCACGGCGAGUUUUCAGGAGUUGCAGAGGUUGCAGGUGGAGGAGGCUGCGAAGCUGGCAGCCCAGAAGGCGCAGGCCGCUGCUGAGGCCGAGGCUAGUGCCAAUGUUGAGCAGGCCGAGCAGCAGGACACUGCAGCAGCCCCUCGCACACCACAGCCAGCAGUCUUCUCUGAUGACCCCGAGUUCAUGGAGGAGGUCGUCGCUGCUGGUGGCGAAAAGCACAGGCUGGAGGAGAUCUUCAUGCGAUGGGGCGCCAAGGCUGAGGGCGAGGCCUUGGCGAAGUUACAGAAUAAGGUACGAGCUGCUGGGUACCAUGGAAUAUGGGAGCCUGCCUUACCAGGGCAGGGAGCUGGCAGCAGAGGCGGGGUCGCGGUGUUGGCCCCGUUGCGGGUGGUCAUCACCAAACCCCCAGGCCUUGACAGUCACGUGCUUCAUGAUGGCAGGAUGAUGGCGGCCCACGUUCACGCCGGGGUGAAGGGCGGCUUCGUCAUGUUGUCGUGCUACUUCAUCGUCGACGUGAAGCUGUCGCCUGAGAAUCUGGCCAUGCUGUACAAGCUGUACCAGUACGUCAGGUCGCUGGAGGCGAUGGGCGUCCCGUGGAUUGUCGGAGGUGAUUUCAACAUGGAGGUGGGCGAGCUAGGCCCUUUGUCCUGGCUCCAGUCGGCCAAUGGGGUGGUGAUGGCGCCGAGGGAGCCAACGUGUCUUCAGAGCCUUCCUGGCCGCACCAUUGACAUGUUCAUGGUCUCCUGCCGUUUGCUACCUCGCGUUCGGCAACCGGUGGUGGUUGACGCGGAGACGUGGCCGCAUCUGCCCGUGACCAUGGAGCUCUCCGCCACGGCCUUCGACGCGAAGGUCAGGAGGCUAGUCGAGCCUCGCGGCAUUCGUAGCCCGCCUGCGUCGGGGUGUGCGAGGUUUCCCCCCGACUGGGACCCGAUCAUGGUGGUCAUCCAGAGCGCGACCGACAGCGAGGGCAUCACCAGGGCCUGGGACGUCGUGCUCAGCGGCAUCGAGUUUGAGCUGCAGGGCCGCUACGACCUUGUGAAUGAGGCGGCGGAGUACUCCACGGUGCCAGGUCCCCCGACCUUCGAGCUGGUGAGCUUUCACCCUGUGGUGAAAGGAGCCUGGAGCAGGAGGUCGGCUGCCACCCAGGCCUGGGCGCAGGCUGCGCGCUGGGCUCGUCACCUCAGGCGAGUUCGAGUGGCAUUGCAGAGUUUCGUGCUCCAGCUUGGCCCGCAGCAUGACUUCGAGCUCGGCAGCGUCGGCGUGGUGCAUGACGAUGGAGUGCCUGGCCUGGGCGAUGGUGCACCCCCUGCCGCGGAGGUCGUCGGAGUGGCUGGUCUCUCCUCCGAUGGUGGUUGGCCUCGGUCGAGAGCGCAGCGACACCAGCCCCUGCGUCGUGCAGGCGAGGACCCAUCGUGGGACGCCGUACACUCCAAGGCGGCGCGCCACCUGCUGGAGCGCGAGAAUUUCUUCCAGAGAAUUUGGCGGAGGAAGGGAGUCUGGCCGCACCUGGACGCCGAGGCCGUCGGUUUCUUCUCGCGUGGCAUGCUGGUCUUAGCGCAGGCAGACUUCGAGCAGCAGGUCGACCGCAUCCUGAAUAUCUCCUCUGAUGCAGAGGCCAAGCAUGAGAAGGCCGCGUCGCAGAGCUGGAGACAGUGGGCGCAGGCGGCUUUUGUGGCUGGCGCUAGGGGAGCUCACCGCUUCCUGAAGCCCAAGGCCCUCCAGGAGAUCGUGGACGGAGGUGUCGGGCAGGUCAACAUCGCGCCCAGGGCCAUGGAGCACCUCUCCCGCGGGGCGCUGACGGCCAUGGCGCGCCUCUUCGAGCAGUGUGAGCACCUGCUAUUGUGGCCAGACGGCAGAUUCAUUUCGAAACUUGUGCGGCUCCCCAAGCCAGGGGGUGGGGAGCGUCUGAUUGUGCUGAUGAACACGCUGGUCAGGAUCUGGGGACGGGCGAGGCGGCCUGUCUCGGCAGCGUGGGAGAAGGCCCAUGCGCUCCCAGAGGUCCAGCCCAAGGACUUGGUGGAUGAUGUCGCGCUGUGUUGGGUUGGCAACGACCCGCGCGGAGUGCGGGAGAUGGCCAUCGCUACUCGUGCGUUCUGCAGGGCUGUUAGGCCCCUCGGACUGGUGCUGCAAAUGGAUAAGUCUGGUCACCUCACGACGUCCAGGCGUACCAGCUACCACUUCCAGAAGUACGCCAGGCUGCUGAAGAUCUCUGGCAAGAGGCACAUGCGGUACCUUGGGCACGAUUUAGCUGGGUCAUCGGCCACCAGAGCCGUGCAGAAGGAUCGCCUGAAGUCUAUGCACGGCAAGAAGGCCAGCGUCCGUGCCUUGCAGAAGGGAGCAGGGCGACAGCGAGCGGCUCGGCUUUGGGCCACGGGUGUGUUGCCAUCCGUGGGGCACGGAGCCACGGUCAGCGGCAUCAGCGACAGGGAGCUGCAGCAGAUGAGGAGCAUGGCUGGCGUCUUCUGCGGCUACAGGGGGUCGGGCUCCCUGACGCUGUACCUGGCCGCGCAGAAGUGGAACUUCGACCCCAUCUUCCACGCUACCUGCAGCAUCGUGGGGCAGUACGCGGCGUGGGUGUGGGAUGGGCGUGUGACGCUCUCCCGCCUGCAGCGUGCCUGGAUGUGCUUGCGUGACUCCUGGGGUGUACGCGACACUCACGUCACUUGGGCCAGUGCACAGGGCCCGCUGUCGGCGAUGUGGUUGUCGCUCAGGAGAGUCAACUGGAACAUGGCCAGCUCCACUAUCUUGGUUGAUGAUGAGGGCCUGCACAUCAGUCUGUUGCAGUAUUGUCCCAGUGAGGUGCUGUUCUUCCUGCAUCGCAGCCUGGACCGUUGGCAGAGCCACCGCAUCCUCGACCAGCUUCCUGAGGCGCCCCCAGCCGAUGGUGCAGGCAGGCGGCAGCACGUGUGGCUUCGUGCGCUUCGGCUGGGCCACGCCUCUUUGGCGCCUGGGCACAGAGGGGCGCUGGCCAAGCUGCAGUCCAACGGCUUCUGGUCGCCGCAGCGCCGCAAGCAGGCUGGCUACAGCGACGAUGGCUCGUGCGAGUUCUGCGGGGAGGCCUACUGCGACCUCGAGCACGAGAUCUUUGGCUGCAAGGUCUUGCAUCAGCAGCAAGAGGACGAGGAGACGGAGCCGUACCCUGAGGACGUCGCCAGGAGGAGGAAGGACAUCCUGGAGGCAGCCCCGUGGCAGGACGGGGGCCAGGUGCAGGACUUCUCGGCCCUGGACGUGCUCUACGCGCUGCCCAUGAGGCCUGCCUUCAGGCCGCUGCCUGCACGCGCUCAGGCUGAGCGUGAGUGGGGGGCGAUCGGCCUGCCGUGGCCGUCGAAGCUGUACGGGGACGGUUCGUGUCUGGAAAGUGACUUCCCUGAGGAGCGGCGCUGCGGAUGGGCCGUUGUGGCCUUGACCCGAGACCUGUGGCCGUACAAAGCUCUGUUCGGGAGCCUGGGGGGCCCCAUCCAGUCGGUGCCGAGGGCCGAGCGGGUGGCUGGUCUCAAGGCCCUGCAAAGGGCCCAGAGGCCAGCCACGUACGUGACCGAUCAUUUGCAGCUGCAGGUCGAGGGAACGGCUUGGGAGGGUCGUCAUGCUUCUGCCAGAGCGCCUCACGCGUCAAUCUGGCGGAGCAUCCACGAAUUGUACAGGGGCGACCCUGUCAGGCCCGUUUUUGUUUGGACGAAGGCCCAUCGCACUGUUAUCGAGGGGUUCGAUGCGUGCCUGGCAUCCCAGGAGCCCCUGGAGCAUUUUUUCGGCAACAUGUGGGCGGAUGUUUUCGCCAGAGUGGCCGCGGCCGACUUCCUUGGAUCCACCUCCGUGGUCAAGGUCGGGCCAGGACACCAGGUCCAGGCCUUAGAUCGUGUCCUGAUCUGUGUGAAGUGUGGGGCGCACGCUGUGCGCCCCAACCGGCUGUCGUUCGGCCUGUCUCGAGCGUGUAAGAGGGCUGGGACGGGGUCGGCUGGAGCUGGGAGUGGGGGGGACGGAGCCAUCGCGUGGAUGCUCGAGCAGGCUCGCAGGGGCCUGCAUCCCAAGACGGGCGUGCCCCUCGAGCCGCUUGUCUUCUCGGAGCUCGAGGAGCCUGCGAUGCCGCCGCAGGAGCCCGAGCCCGAGGCACAAGGAUGAGGUUUGCUCCCUUCGUUCUCCCUUUCUGUCCCGAGGCG